UACACCUUUAAGACGUCGACACUGCGAAUUGGGAGUGGGCAUAUGUUCGACAGUAAAAUCACAACACUUCGCAAUGGGAAAACUGUGAAGAGGACCCUCUGCGCUGACCACUAGUUAUAGAAAAGGUUUGAAAUAAUGUGCACCAAAAGGCUAUAUUGCCAUAAUAACUAUGUCUGAAAAGUGAUACGGAAACCAUUAAAUGCAUGUGGGAUGAGGUUUGCGCAAUGGACGCACAAGGGUCUUGGUCUGCCCAGCGACAACGAUAUUUAUCUCAUCGACACAAAAAAUAUCUGCCGGUAUCCUGCAUGUUGUACUGUUGUGGAAGCAAGGACAAGGAGAAGCAGCGCCCGGACGCUGCAGAGGUGUUGAGAAUUCUAGAGACAGAGACAGAGAAAAACCGAAAGAGCCAAGAAAGCGCACCUCAACCACUGGACAUGUACGGAAUAGCGGCAAUACCCGAGCUUCUACCACCCUCUGGCGUCCUCCAGCCCAGCUCAGUAAUCCCACUCGAGUCGGGUGAGGUGCCUGGUUUGUGGAACGGAUUCAACAGGGGUGUGCUGAGUUUUGACUCCCCCCAGCGGAGACGAGGCCAACGGGCCCCGAAGUUAGGGCAAAUAGGACGGUCGAAGAGAGUGGUUAUAGAGGAUGACGACUUGGAUGAUGUCAUGAAACACAAUGGCCUCCCCAUAUCAAUCAAUAUCUCUCCUGUUGCCUGAACAACUCUGAUAGUGUCCAGACCUCAAAAGGUUAUUGUGCUCAUUUGUGAAAUUCUGAAGUGUGUACCACUUGUUUCUGGACAAUGUCCAAUUCAGGUGCCCAUUGCAAAGUUUACAAUAGUAGCAUGCGCAUCACAUGUAGUUUAGCUCUUCCUGGACACAGGAAGGUCUGUCCCAAGGAAAUAGAAGUAAAAAAAAACAGUGCAUCUUUGCUUCAGCUGCUGUUCUGGUGUUGAAGGGGGGACUUUGUGUCCUGAGGAGAGGGGAGCAAUUAGGAUAGAUUUGGGUCUGGACAGGCUGAAACAUAAGCACACAAGAGAAGGCCCUACCCAUCAAGACCUGCCCCUUCAAAAUGAGGGGACCUGUUUGUUUGUUGUUCAGUCUUUAGUGUCUAUAUUUUAAACACUCCAUCCAAGAUGUUAUUUUAAUUUGUGUCAAUCCAACCUAUAUCUAAUUGAGAAAACAGCUACUCAUAGUGCUGGGCAGUGUUUUCACAAUAUUAUUUAUUUUACAUUAUGUACGCUUUUUUCAGUGUUUCACAUAUGUUGACAACACUUAUUUUAGUUUUUGACAGUUGACAACACUGUCUCGUUUUGGUGCAAACUAAUUGUAAAAUUUGUUGUAAAACGUGUUAGAUAAACUGAAGGCUUUAAUUUGCCAUUGUAACAUGUCACAAUCAUUGUCUUAGGAUAACAUAUGUUGUACUGUAUGUUACUUUUACCCCUGAGUUGCUAGACAAAAAGAGUUCCCACUGUGAACUAUUUAUGGAACUUUAUGUAUCUCUGCAUCAAGGUGUAAUAUACCAUUUUUUU